UAAACGUGAGGCUUUCGAUAGGGACAACACGGCUUGUCACAUUCACUUUUGACAGUUCCAUGUGUUUUAUAUACCGAAAGUGCAAAGUAUCAACAUUCAAGUCUAGUGACGGUGUUGUUAAUAGAAUUUUGUAUUUCAUAAUAAGGAAGAGAACCGUUUGAUUUGGAAUGGCUGGUCGAGGCGGUUUCAAAGGCGCUUCGUCGUCACUUCGACCAGAACAACUACAAGGAAUGGGCAUUGUGGGAAAGGACAUGCCAAGUGCUACAGUCGCUCCACCGCCAACAUUUCCACAACUUCUAUCCAGACCCGCCUUACUUGAAAAAAAUUCCGAACGUGAUUUUAUGAUCGAUUGGAAAGAGAAUUUCUUGUCAUACUUGAAAAAUUCACCAUAUUAUACGGGCUCAACCGAAGAAAGUAAACAUAUUCAUUCCAGAUAUUUUCUUGAGAGUUCGCAAGUAGAAAAUGGUGCCUUUAACUGGUCAAUGAUGCCAGCUGAAUUGAGACCAAACUGGAAACGAAAACUAAACACGAAAGACGGCUCAAAGAAAUUGGCGAAAGAUGUAAAUGUUGAAGAGACGUUGAAAGCUUUGGAACAAAAGGAGAAAACCAGAAAGGCUAAUGGUGCACCAAAUGAUGAUGAUGAUAAAGAGGAUGAUGAGGCGAUUGAAGAUGAGGAACAAGAUGAAGAGAUGGACGAUGAAAAUGAUUAUGGCAACAAUUAUUUCGAUGACGGUGGCAAUUAUUUAGACGAAGACGAUAAUUUAGAUGACGGACCAACGUAUUAGCAUUUUAUUUAUCUUGUUUUGCAAUAAAAUAAAAUUUUCUUUCAAAUUCAUUGCUUCGUUCAUUUGAACAUUCAAUCGAAAUCCUUCGAUACACAUGAAGUUGACUGUUGAUGAAUCGAAAUGUCAACACGAGCGUCGCUAGUGGUAGUUUUUAUGUGUCAAUACUGAUUGCUCAUAAAUGUUUUCACUCACAUCUGAUUGACAUCGGCAAAAAAAAUAGAAUUCCGUCUUUAGGGGAAAAAAACACAAAUAAAUUCAAUUAAACAUCACAUUUGAACAUUUGUUGUAAUUGUUUGUUGGAAAAAAUCAAAAGUUCUGUCAAUUGUUCGCGAUUGUGAUACGUGACAAUAACAAAAAAUUAGAUCAAACUGGAUUCGUUCAACAAAACUCUCGGCAAAAUACCAGAAGAUUCCACAAUGGAAGUUGAUCAAUUUGACGCAACAUCGAUGGAUAUAUCAUCGGUCGAUUUUCAUCAAACAACCGACGAUAAUUUAUCCGUACACCAAAGGUAAGAUUUGAAGCCGCUGGAGAAGAUAAAACGGCGAAUUUUUAUGUAUUUCAUCACUACCGUCUGAAAAGAAUGUGUAGGCAAAUUUUGCGGUUGUGAUUUGUUUUUUUUUUGUGUGGGCUAACAUUUUGUUGACUCAGCGCGUUGAAGAAGCAUUCAUAAGACCAAUCCAUAUAUGUAGAAAUCCAUUAUGCUGAUCAUCGGCGAAUUUCGACCGAUGUUGCCGACCACCCAACUUAAUUAUUUAUUCCAUUUUCUUUCUAAUAGAUUUAUAAAUGCUUUGGAUCAUUUGGACAAUCGUGUCGAAAAAUUGCGCAAAGAAUCGAUGACAUUGACUGAAAAACGCGAUGUGCUGCUCAUGUCAAUGGAUAUACUGAAACACAACGAACUGUUGAGCGGCCUGAAAGAGAGUAUGUAGCAAAAUGUUUUUUUUUAAAUUUCUUCAAUUUUCUUUACUUUUCCUUCCCUUCUGUCUACUUUUCUUUUCGAUUAUUUUGUAAUACUCAGAAUCGAACUUAAUUUCGUAAUGCCAUUUUCAAAUCCAUUCGCAGACGAAUUAGACGAGGUGAACUGUUAUGCACAGCGAAUCAGCAAUCGUUUGGCAACCAUUGACAUCAGCGUGAAAACAGUGCGUGAUGCUGCCCAAGAAGAUGCCUUACAUCAAGUCAACAGUUUGAUUGAUUCGUUGUUGACUAUUAGCGAUCGUGUGAUGGCACGUCAACGGUGUCAAACAUUUUUGAACGCAUGCAGUGUACACGAUGAUCCUGCCAAUGCAUUGGAGCUCGAUCCGGUUGUGGACAAAAAGUUCGAAGCCGCUGUGUUGGGCUGUACUUUAGACGACCAGAAAACGAUUAAAAAACGUUUGCAAGCUCUCAUGUCUUAUUUGAAUAAGCAAACUGUAUCAACCGAGUAGAGAGUAGAGUAGACAAAAAACCAGCAACUUUUAUGUGUCAUAUGGAUAAUUUUGUGAGCCCAGUUUGUUAAACAAACCAUACAAAGGAAAUCAAUCACAGCAUUCUUUCAUAUACAUUUUUAAAUGUUGUGUUCAGUACUAACCCUGCAAUUAGCAUAUAUACUCUCAUUCAAUGACUUAUUUUGUUGAAGAAAAAAAAAUAGAGAAAAACGAUUGCAAUUAUAGGCGGUUAGAAUCAAUUGAGAGCGAAAAAAAGAGUAAUUGACUAAACACAUUUAACUAGCUUUAUUACAUCACUUUAUGUACAUUCGUAACUCGUUUCUUUGUUAAUUAACCAAUUUUUCCACUUGCUUUUUAAGAUAUAUUUUUCUUCUCUAUAUACCCUUGUGAUGAAAUAUUGAGUUGCUGGUAAAGCAAUAUAUACUAUUUAUGAUUCUCUGUGAAACCAAUACGUUUCUUAUUCCAGAAGUAAACACAUCUUUCCAUUACUCAUGUUAAUGAUAGAAGACAACAUCACAAAUAAGUGAAAGUGAUUUGUUAAGUGAACGAAAAGGAAAAUAAUAAUAAAAAAACAACACAAAUACACAUUUGAUUACCUCUAUCAGUUUGAUAAAGAGACUAAUUUUACAAGUAAAUAUACAAUUUGCAAAGACCAA